GAGGGAAAGGCUGCCCCAGACAGUGUUGAAGUUUCCAGAGACCCGUUCAGCUGUUGAGAAGAAGUUCGAGAAAUUCGGCUGAGGACCUAAGCCGCUUGCCAAAAUGUGUAAGGGGCUGGCAGCGCUGCCGCACUCAUGCCUGGAAAGGGCCAAGGAGAUCAAGAUCAAAUUGGGAAUUCUCCUACAGAAGCCAGACUCUGCUGUUGACCUUGUCAUUCCAUAUAAUGAGAAGCCGGAGAAGCCAGCCAAGACCCACAAGCCCUCGCUGGACGAGGCCCUGCAGUGGCGCCAUUCCCUGGACAAGCUUCUCCACAACAACUAUGGACUUGCCACCUUCAAAAGUUUCCUGAGGUCUGAAUUCAGUGAGGAAAACCUUGAGUUCUGGGUUGCCUGUGAGGAGUACAAAAAGAUCAAGUCCCCAGUCAAAAUGGCGGAGAAGGCAAAGCAAAUUUAUGAAGAAUUCAUCCAGACAGAGGCUCCUAAAGAGGUGAACAUCGAUCAUUUCACUAAGGACAUCACCAUGAAGAACCUGGUGGAACCUUCCCCGAGCAGUUUUGACCUAGCCCAGAAAAGGAUCCAUGCCCUGAUGGAGAAGGAUUCGCUGCCCCGUUUUGUGCGCUCUGAGUUUUAUAAAGAGUUGAUCAAGUAGUAAUCUGAUCAAUUAUCAGAUUAUCAGGCUUCAGAAAUCACCCCGUGAGUUGAUUUACAUCCUCUGUAGUAACACAGUAUCCCCCAAGCACCUGCACAUUUUCCCAUAACAGCUUUGCUCCAAGACACCCAAACAAAGGCAAACCCUACACUGUGUUGCUAACUCUCCUGCUCAUGUUGGUUUGAGUGUGGAUCUGUUGGCCUUCACUUCUAUUUCUUCUUUCUGACUGCUUUGUAAUGAAGGUCUAUCUACCAAGUUUCUGUCAGCCUGAGUCACAGAAAUAACAAAAUCCUGUUUAACAUAAAGCUGUCUGUGAAAAGAAUAGGUGAUAGAUUGUUCUUUUAACUGGGCUGAAAAGAAAAACAAGCACAAGGGUCCAUUUUCAAGGGAAUUUGACUGGUCUUGUUGAUUGUUUUAAUUCUCAUCCUCCAAUGAUUUCUGAAUUCGGUUAGUAAAAGACACAAAGCUGUUUAUUAGGCAGCCACCAUUUGGUUUUUAAGCAAGUACAUUGUUUAACAUACUGAUCUCUCCCUCCUAGAGUACCUUUGUGUUAGCUAGACAAUCUAAAGAAGAGAUACAAUAAAUAUAGUGUGCUUUACAAAAUCAGUCUGAACAGAAUGCGUUUAAAUUUAGCCCUUACACCUCCAAAUCAUGAGGGGAAAAAAGUCAGCCUUUGACUCUCUCAAUUAGAAAUGCUAAGUACCCAAGAAUCUGAUUGAGCUAUUUCUUGAACAAUGAAAAAAAAUUUUUGACCUCAAAUAUUUUAUUUGUAUUAGUUGAAAUAUCCAAAUGUCUGAAAAUACCCAAAGAAUAAACUCGAUAUUACACACUCACCCAGAUUUCUCCUGUUUUAGAGACCUCACUUAGCUACAAACUGUGUGAGUGGCCAGACUUGUCAAUGGAGGGUGAGGUGGGUGGGAAGGACGCCUCAAGGGCAGUGCUGUGAGGCUACAAAAGAAUGCAAGAAGGCAAGCUUCUGCAAGUCAACGGCAGCAUUAUAUAUCCAUAUAUCUGCCCUAUCUCUAUAUAAUUUUAAAUUUAAAGCACUAUAUACACAUAUAUAUUCUUCUAACAUAUAAGGCAAUAAAUGGGAGAUAAGUAUUCUGGCUCCAAAGGAGAAGCCAAAUGUAUUAAAAUUGGCCUAGAAACUUCUUGGAGGAAAAAAACUCUCUGUGUUAGUAUAGUUUCUAUGGUAACAAGAAGAAAAUACAUUCUUUUAAAUCUGAGAAUUUAGAAAAAGUGGGAUGACCUUUGGAGGAAAAGAAUGUGUAGCACUUAUUUAGCAUUCCUCCCCUCUCCUCCCCCUGCUCUCCCGUUUCCCUUGAGCAAACUGCCUGAGAAAGUACGAAACGUAGUGUGUGAGCCCGGAGUGCUUGUGUCUCGCUCUUCUGGAGAGCACAGUCACAGCUGGAAGUGGGUCUGGGAUGUAGGACAGAGCUGGGACUGAAUUGUGGUCAAUGGACAGGAGGACUCACUUCUUGUUCUUGAAGAAAGCCUAUGAUUAGCCUCAGAACUGACGCAUAAUCUGGGCUUCUGUCUGAGUUUCAUUAGUUCUGGGUUGAGGGUCAGAUUGAUAUUUUUAAAAAAUCAGCGAAGAGAGACCAUCAGUCCGAGAGUAACUGAGGAGGCUGUGUCUCAUAUGUGCCUGUUAGAGCAGGGUUGUUCAUGUAAACACCCCCCACACACACACACACACACUUUCUCCUAUAUAGAGGACACCUUUUGAAAGGCAGAAUCAAAUGUACGGAAAUAUUUUAUUCUCCUUUCUCAUACUCGAAGCACCCCCCCCCCUUUACUGUAUAAAUUGAACUUGAAGCAAAUUUUCAUUUCAAAUGCAGGAGGUGAACUUAACGAGAAAAGUUUUUCUUUUAUCCCAUUUAUGGGCUUCACCCAACUGAUGCGUUUCCUCUAUAAAAUCCAUUUCAAAAAGAAGAACUUGAUUAUUUCCUGAAGAGCAAUAGGUAUCCAUUAACAAAUCAGUUAAUAAACUAAUAAGCACUCCUUUCUAGGGACUUGCCAAACUAUGCCGCCAUACAAGUGAUGGUUUAGGAAUGAUUUACGUGGCUAGUUAAUUUGGAGGAAUGACUUUCACUCCUGAGGCUGUACCCUCUAACAGGCAUUUCCGUCACUGCCUGGGAACUCAGCAAAUCUAGAAGAUGGUGGGACACGAGGAGAAGGGGAAUAAGGCAGAAAGGAAAGAGCAAAGAAGUGAGCAUCCAGUCCCGUGAAAUUAGCCCGCUGGCUGGGAAACAAGAGGAACAGCCCCGUGUGAAAGAUGACCAGAUUGUAUUUUAUCUUCAUCCUGUGGGGUUUUAGAGAGGCAUUUUGGGGUUCACAAUGAGGCAAGACAAGGAAGUUCACCUUAAGAUCCUACAGGAAAUUGACUAGAGAAAAGGACAGCGAUGGAGGGCUUCUUUUCCAUUAAACUUGUGGGUGCCAGAAAGCAGGGGUGAAGGGAUCAGUGUGGAGCAUCCAAGCACCCAAACCGCAGAGCUAGGGAACUCUAGGCAGGUUUGGGAUAUUAAGUCUUGGUGUAUAGGCUCUCCAGCAUUGAGUCUCUCUCUAUCCUAUAUGCAUUCUAGCAUCAAUUGUUCUCUGAGUACAAAGCCCUAUGGUGAACAAUUUAAAAGCUACUUCUGGUGUUAAACACACUUUCCCGAAGUAAGUCCAGUGGCUCAGGAGAGCAAAUGAGAACCAAAGAGAAGCUUUCUGUAUCCUCAGUACACCAUCGUGGAACUGAGAAGGUUGACUUUCCCCGCUGAGGAGACACCCGGGACUCUAAAUGGAAGCUUAUUGGAGAGAAUGAUUGAUACAACACAUAUUCAGAAUCCUUGGAGUUUUAUCCUUAAUUAACCAUUUAAUAAUAACCAUAGGCAUCAAGUAGAGAAGCUAUAUAACCAUCUUACUCAUAUCCAGUUUCACGUGAUUCUUACCUAGUCCCCUGUUUGACAGGACUUUUCCUCCUCACUCACUUCCGCUUCUCUCCACCCUCUCUGAAACACUGUGUCUCACCGUACUUAGGUAAUAACGAAUACGUUAAGAGCACUUAAGUUCCUGUCUAGGAAGAGGUACAGGCACAAACACAGACAAAAUAAAGGGAAAUGCUAAGAAAUGCCACAGAAGGCUGGUAAUCUGGAUACUGUUUGACCAAUAUUCUGUCAUGAAGCCAUCAGGAUGUGAGGGAACUACAGCUUUGUUUUUCAAUUCUACAACUUGGGAAGUCAUGUUUUUUAGGGUAGAAUGGAAUAGAAAUGAGAGGUUUAUUAAGUCCUGUGCCAGCGCCUUUCUAAGAAGUUUAAAUUCUGGACCAGUUAUGUUUGUUUUCUGAUUAUUGUACCCAAUACUUUGUGUAAUAUGUAACUCACUCUUACUGAUAAUAAAAUAAAUAUUAACCUACAACAGAAA